AUGGAAUCAGACUUGGCAAAAGAAUAUGUGCCUAUAAAUAAUCUUAGAAAGUCCGAUGUUCAAUGGGUAAUAAAGGUAUUAGUCAUUGGAAGAGGACCGAUAAUAGAAUAUAAAAAUGCAAGAGGUGAUGGUUCUCGUAUGCAGUUGAUAUUUGUGGACGAAAAGCUGAUAAUAUGGGAUGAAGCGCCUAUGACAAAGCGACAGAUGAUCGAAACAGUGGAUAGGAGUUUUAGAGAUAUAAUGGAUGUCAAGAAACCAUUUGGUGGAAAAGUAAUAGUUUUUGGAGGUAAUUUCCGUCAAGUACUGUCAAUAGUUCCAAAAGCGACGAGAGCAGAGACCAUAAAUGCUAGCUUGGUAAAAUCAUACCUAUGGCCUCAAAUGGAAAAGAUUCAGCUGAGAAGAAAUAUGAGAGUGAGAACAGAUCCGGCCGUCAGUAAUUUCUUGCUUCGUAUCGGAAACGGAGAGGAGCGUUCGAUAAAAGAUGAUUUGAUCUUACUUCUAGACCAAAUGGUUGUCAACUCAAAUAAUGAUAGUAGUGGUGAAGAUCGAUUGGAAAUAUUUCCAUCAUUAAAUGAAAAUGGAAGUUGCGCAAAGUACAUGACAGAGAGAGCUAUCUUAGCUAGCAAAAACGAAUAUGUCGACAGACUAAAUGAUAUGCUGAUUGACAAGUUUCCUGGUGAAAGCAAAACGUUUCUCAGCUUCGACUCAGUAGAAGAUGAUACCAACAAUUACCACCAGGAAGAUUACUUAAACACUUUAACACCAAAUGGCCUUCCACCACACAGGUUGGUUUUGAAGAAAAAUGCGCCCAUCAUGCUACUGAGAAACUUAGAUCCAUCAAAUGGCUUAUGCAAUGGUACAAGGAUGGUAUGUAGAGGUUUUGACAAUAACGUCAUACUUGUGGAAAUCAUGAUGGGUCAAUGUGCUUUCAAGCAUGUGUUCAUCCCUGGAAUUCAAUUGUCGCGACCAGAAAAUGAAGGAGAUGCUUUUAAAUUUAUCCGAAAAUAG